UCUCGCUGUGUCGUGCAGAGUGUUUUAUUUUCUCCACCGUAGCGGUUAAAUUAAACCGUAUAAUAUUUAUUGUAGACUGUAAAAAACAAUAUCAGCGGGAGAGGGCAGUUCUUAACGCAGCAGUGCCGUCUUUAAAGGUCUCCGGGUCGGCAAGAAUAUUCUCCAAUGGAUACUCCUGAAAGCCCUACCCAAUCCCCUCAGUCCCCUGAAGAGGAGGAGAAGGGCUUUUCUGACAGUGAGCUGUUGGAUUCUCCUGAUGACGAGGAGGAUAGGCUCAUCUCAGACAGUGAAAUAGUCCAUGAAGAGGAGAAUGGGAGGCUCAUUGAGGAGGACGAAGAGGAGAUGGAAAGCAGGGGAAGAGGUUCAGAAUUAGAGGAGGAGAGAGAAGAAGAGGAUGAGGUGGUCCCUGACUUCGUCUCUGACCCAGAGGAUGAGGAGCCUGUGGGAGAAACAGAGGGGGUGGGACAGGAGGAUGGCGCCAUUAUGCUGAUGGAGGGGGAUGAAGAUGGUCCGCAGGGGGAGCAGGAGAAGGAACGAGAGGAGCAAGAGGGUGGAGUCAUUGACACCCCACAGUCUCCGGACUCUGAGCCAGAACAGGGCAAGAGCUUUAUUGUUGAAGAGGAUGGAGAAGAUAGGGAGGAAGGAUACUGUGACUAUCGAAAGGAAGCCACAGCAGAACCUGAGACAGCUGAGGUGGAUGAUGAGGAGGAGGAAGACAAAAGCAAGGCCGAGGAGGAAGAGGAGGACGAAAGGAUGAGAGCUGAGGAGAGGAGGAGAGCUGUUGCAGUGAGGGAGAUAAAGGAUGACUCAGUGUCUGUUUCCCGGGAGCUGGACGAGCAUGAACUGGAUUACGAUGAGGAGGUCCCGGAGGAGCCCAGCAUCCCUGCACCUGAGGAAGAGGAAGAUGAGGAAGACACAAAAGCGGAGGGAGAGGAAGAGGUGGAGAGUGAAGACAAGAGCAGUAAGAAGGAGAAAAAACCAAUCCUUCCCCCAUCUCCUAAAGACAAUGAAUUCAAGAGAACAGAUGACUCGAAAGGGCCGGAGCGGAUGCGCAGAGAUUCCUUCAGAGACAAGAGGAAGGAUGAAGAUGACGGAGAGAUUGAUGAAGGAGAGAUUGAUGAUGAUGACCUGGAGGAAGGGGAGGUCAAAGAUCCCUCAGACAGGAAGAUCAGACCACGUCCAAUUUGCAGGUUCUUCAUCAAAGGAAAUUGUACUUGGGGUAUGAACUGUAGGUUCAUCCACCCUGGAGUCAAUGACAAAGGUAACUAUUCUCUCAUCAGUAAGCCAGACCUCUUCUCACCUAACGGCGCGCCUCCUGGAGGACCCCACCCACUCAUACCCAAUAAUCCCUGGGCUGGACCUGCAGUGGAGGAGCUCCCUCCACCCCCUCCUCCAGUGGAGCCUCCUGUGGAGAGCGCCUGGGAGCGAGGUCUGAGGCAUGCCAAAGAGGUGCUGAAGAAGGCCACCAUCCGUAAGGAGCAGGAGCCAGACUUUGAGGAGAAGCGCUUCAACGUGACCAUUGGAGAGGACGAGAGAGAAUUUGACAAAGAGAAUGAUUUCUUCAGAGAACGCAGCUAUCGCAUCAUCAGAGAUGAAAUGGACUUUAGAGAGCCUAUAUAUGGUGACCCAUAUGCUGAUCCAUACUAUGACUAUGAAAUGGAGGCCCUGUGGCGAGGCGGCCAGUAUGAAAACUUCAGAGUGCAGUACACAGAAGCUCCUCUUCCGUACCCCUACAGUGAGCGGGAACGGGACCGUGACCCUCGGGAGCGGCACCGAGACCGAGAGAGGGAGAGAGAUCACCGUGAGAGGGAGCGCCGGCAGAGAGAGAGGGAAAGGGAGAGAGAGCGGGAGCGCGAGAAGGAGAGGAUGCGGCGAAAAGAAGAGUGGGAGAGGGACCGGAUGAAGAGGGAUGAGAAGGAGAGGCCAAGGAUGCGCCCUCCACGAGACGCCAGGGAGAAGAAAGACGAGGACAAACUGAAACCGCGAUCUCCCCUCAGCCUGCCACCCAAGCCGAUGGAGCCUCCCUCAAAGAAGGAGGUUGUUCCAGUCAUGAGGCGACCAGAUGAGUGGAAAGACCCGUGGCGUCGGUCCAAAUCCCCCAGGAGACGCCCCGGGCUGGGGUCCCCUCCACGAGGCCGCCGCCAGCAUAGGCCCUCAGGCUCCUCCAUCUCUCUGUCCAACUCCUCCAGGUCUACGUCUCGCUCUUCAUCCUACACAGGCUCUGGUUCGUCUCGUUCCCGCAGCCGCUCUUCCUCGUUCAGCUCCUACUCCAGCCACUCCUCCCAGCGCAGCUCCUUCAGUGGCAGCCGCUCGAGGUCUCGGUCAUUCUCCACAUCUCCCUCACCGAGUCCAGCAGCACCAAGGAAUGCUAAGAACCAGAACCUUCCUCCUGUGUUAACUAAAGGCAUGCCACUGAAGCCGGGUGCCAUGCCACCUCCUCGCAGGGACAAGCCUCCCAUGAAGAAGGCUCCCAGUCCUACUCCACCUGGAGGACUGCAGGGCAGGCCUCCCAAAACCCUGUCAGAAGGAGGGAAGCCUCCCACCAAUCCUUGUGAGCCUGGAGGCCUAGGGGGCGGUGGAGCAGGAAGACCCAUGCCACCAAGGGAACCUGGAAAACCUCCCAACCCGAGGGAAGACAGGCGGAAAGAAAGACAGCAACGUUCUCCUCGGAGGCGAACUGUGAGUGGGAGUGUUAGUGGAAGUGGUAGCAGUUAUACUGGUUCUAGCUCCAGAUCCAGAUCCUCCUCCAACUCCCUGUCGCGUUCACGCUCCGGAUCCAGGAAAUCCAGGAAAUCCAGGUCACUGAGCGUGAGCAGUGUGUCGUCAGUGUCAUCAGCGUCAUCCAGCAGCAGCUCUGUGCGUAGUGCAGACUCAGAUGACAUGUAUGCUGACCUGGCCAGUCCGGUGUCCUCUGCCAGCUCCCGCUCGCCCACACCAAAUCACCCCCGCAAGGAGCGAGGGGCUGCGCGAGACCGGCCUCCACAUGGCAGAGACAAGAACAGGGAGAGAUCAAAGAAAGAUGAACCCUUCAGGGAGGAGCGCAGGAAGAUCGACCCAUCUGGUGCUCCACCUAGAGGAGGCAACCCCAUGCCCAGAUCAGGACCUGGCAGCAGGGGUGGCCACCCUGUACAUCCCCCACCCAGCGCCAUGGGGCCCCCAGGAAGCUAUGGAGGUUCAGGCUCCCACAAAGACAUUAAACUCACCCUCCUCAACAAGCAGGGAGAUAAGGGCAACAGGAAGAGGUACCUGCCUUCAGACAAAGACAGGCCGGGUUCCCCCCUCAGCAAGAGAAUGGCCAUGUCUCCAGACAGAGGUCGUGAUAAGAGGAUACCUGGCCGGCCCCCGCUCUCUCCUCGAAUGGAUCGGCCCAGGGGCCAAGGGCCCCGGCCAGUGCCCCCCCAGGGAGACAGAAAACGUCCUCUGUCGCCACCCCCCAAAUCAUCUGGGAAAGGCCCGGCAGCGCCGCUGGGCAAGCUGGCCGUGCCGGGCUCUGCUUCGGCCGCUGGCUCGGGCUCCGGCUCGGGCUCCAACAAACCCAGCAACACGCUGUCCCGCCGCGAGGAGCUGCUGAAACAGCUGAAGGCCGUGGAGGACGCAAUCGCCCGGAAACGAGCAAAGAUCCCCGCCAAAUAAAAGGAAGCCCGCUCCUCGCCCGUUCGCCAGUCUGCCUGCCUGUGCGGCCUUGUGAGCCGGAGGAACAGCGUUUUUCCCCUGCCUUCAGUGGACAUAUGAAAAUGUUGUAUGGUUCAUGUAUAAAGGCUAUUGUGUAAGUGAACAGGAAGUGGUCGCCAUGAAAACCAUCUUCUUCUUGUUUGCCCUCAGAAGAGGUUUGACUCUGCUCCAUUCUAGAGUGUUGUUCACUCCCAUAUGCCCGACUUUAGCUCCCCUUAAAAGUCUUUGAAUGUCGCAGCUGCAGUUUACCUCAUCAACGAUGAACAGGAGGACACAUUUGGGCAUUUGGUGAGGGAGGGGCGUCUCAGGAAUGGAGUGUACUUUGUGUAGACUUUACAGUACAGAAACAGAAGGGCAGUAAGGUGCACUUGAUCACUUGCUUCUCACUCUGUUCCUUCAGUGAAAAGGAAGCAUCUUCCUCAUGUGGUGUGAUGAAUAACAGAUUUAUACACACUGAAUCUACUACUUCUGUCUGUCUUUCUCUGCCCCCUUUUAUCACCUUGUUCUCGCAUCUUUUAUUUCCUCUGUGUGGAGUGAUGUGACUGUUGGAUCAGCUCUAAAGGGUACUGACAGCCUACAGGCCUUCACAAGGCUUCUUUGUAUAAAUCUACAAACUCUUCAACAUCCCUAUUUGGGCACUGUAAGUGAUCACGAGCCCAUACUUUGCUCACAGCGGGCCAAUCUUUAACCAAUGAAUCAUCUGCGUUCUGUGUUUUAGGGCAAUGUUCAUUGUCACACCUCGUUCAAUACUAGCAAGUCAUCAGAUUCUUUCAAGCGUAUGAUUAUAGACAACAGUGAUGUGAAGUAUUGCUUCUUUUUUUUUUUAAUCUGCAGCAUUUUGUUUUCUUCUUAGCUCUUCUCAAGUGAUAAACUGAUGUUUUAUUUGUGUCACAUUUUUAGUUGGAGGAGUAUGAGAGGUGGAACGGGGACAUUUAGAGACAAGAUAUGUCUUGCUUUUGUGACAAAAGCCUUCUAAAUAAACUAUUUUGAUAAAGAGAAGGUCAGUCACCUGCUUUUUCUCUGCCGUUGUACAAGAGAAAGGAAGUGUUUAAAUACAGAUGCGGUCAUGCAUGUCUAUGAAAGCAUUUGGACACUGCAUUGUUCAGCAUAAAGUAUUUCAGAAAUGACCAGUAUCACUCAGGGCUUCAGUCUCUUGUAGACAGCUGAUGCCUGGUGUUUGUUGGAGUUGUCCACUGAAGGCUUGGUUCGGUUGAACCCUGCACCGGCCCUGUCAGCUUCACUUUCAUUCACAUGGUGCAGUGUUGUGAAAUGUCUGUUCCAUUUCACUAACUUCAGUUUUUUCUAAUAAAAGCCACUGUGUCAUUGUCUUUGAAUUUACCGAAGCGCUGUGCUCACGCCACUGCCACGGCGAGUUCAACGUUGAUCAUUAGAGAAUUUUUAGCCACAUCACAUUGAUCUUCUGUUUUUUCAACCAGUGUGGGGUACAUGACCAAAUGGCUGCAAAACUAAUGAAAUUCCCAUCGUCCUCAGCUGUGGUCUGUGUUUCAAGCUGAAUAACCAAUGGUAGCAUGCUGAUGGAGCAUUUAGCAUAGACCUAUGCUCUUGUCUGGAGUCUCUGUGGGUGACGCUCUCACUGUUUCACGUGUCACUGGUUUUGGGUGUGUACUGUUGAAGGAAGCAGUCGAUUGACGACCUGGAAAGGAUUUCUCUAACAGCCUCAUGUACUCAUCCUGUAAAGCAGCUGUGCAUCUUAGCUUUCCUUUUCUCUCUCUGAAGUGGACACUUCAGUAUAGAAACUCAAAUUGCUUGGCAAUCUGACAAAAGUUCGUUUCACAAAACAAAACAGUAGACUGAUGAUUUUUGUGUUUUGUUUUGGCCAAUUUUGAACAAUGAAUUAAACUUGAGGAGUGAAACCCAAGGAAUUUCACCUGCUUUAAUAUGUCUCUUAUAACCACUUAACAUUUAAUAUGAUGAAUAACGUUUAUGUUGAAAUUAAUUUAUCACUGAGACACUGAACUAAUGGCUGGUGGAAAUGAGACUUUGCGGGUUAAAUUAUUUAUAAAUUGGUCAUUUCCAUCUUGGUGAAUAUAAGUCAUUUCUAUCAAAAACACAGACAUUUCUUCAUGAGUGUGUGUGCUGAAAUGUAUCCAAGUCUGAAUCUCUUUUUUGUCUUAACCAUGACCCUUAUCUGAAACAGAAAUUUCCUUCUUUUUCCAUAACUUGGACUCUGUCUGUCUCUCUCUCUGUCCCUGUCUCUCUCUCUCGCUGAUAUUCACUGUCGAUCUGCAUGCGUCCCAAAUCUGAUCAGUGGGAUUUUUAAAGCAGCUGCUUUCACUCACACGGCUGGCAGCUCUGGCCUGGACCACAAAGACACUGAAUGUGGUUGAUACUGACAUAUGCAUGACUU